AUGAUUGUCUCGUUCCGCGCAACAGAGCAGUCGAAUCAGAUCCAGAUCCUAUAUCUCUGCUGGGCUCGACUCAGGUUGUAUGACAUCAGUCCCAAGCCUGACCAGCUCCCUCCGUGUGCUAAAUUCUCACCAAUCGCGUAUAUGCUAGGACAUCGGCUAUCGCGGGAUUACCCUGGCAAUGCAAAGCUCCCGCAGUAUCCCUAUCGUGGGCCAGAUCUCGCAAGCGUUCAUGCAGAUGGGUAUCCUAGAGGAUUGGAAUCCUUGCGCGUAUAUCUGUUGGGUAGUCGGCCAUUGUUGUUGGCUAUCAGCCAUCGUGUCAGCCUGUCAUGCAGAUUGCUGGCCCGUCGCACAUGGCUGAGCAGCACGUGGCGCAACGAACUGGCCCCAAGCUGGGUCUUACAAAAUUCGUAUUUGUAG